AUGCAGAAAGUUAAACUUACUAACCAGACCACCAAGUGGUCGUUAUUUCUAAUGCUUUCUCAGACAGACACUGAUCAUCUUGUAUCGAGGAUUUAUUAUAUAUCAUACAAACCAAUUAUAAGAAUGGAAACCGUACCGACAACAUCCAACAGUACUGCUACUGACAGGAUCAACAGUGCCCUGGCUACACUCCGGAGUGAUAUGCUCGACCUCAGACAACAAGAUGUCCAGCUGAUGCAGCAGCUUAUGUCGAUCAACGAAAACAUACAGACGCUGACCAAACGAAGGCCUAACUCUGGAAGGCAACGAAAAACGAAAUACACGAUUAAAGGACGACGAAAAUUCAUCAACCGAAGUGAAUCUAUUCCAGAAGAAGAAUCGAGUUCGGCAGACUCUGACAGUGAUGAAAGUCUGACCGGUAUUGAAAAUUAA